AUGGCAGCUCUCGCCAGCUCUCUCAUUAGACAGAAGCGGGCGGUCAAGGAAGACCCAGCCAACCGACCGGUAGCCAACAAGCGCAAGCCCUGUCCUAAGAGCAACAAGUCCCUGUGCCAGAAACAGAUCCUGGUCCUGAUCUCCAAAGUACGACUAUGCGGGGGUCGGAAAAAUCGAAACGAGAAAAGACCAGAUGCGGAUGCAAGAACCCCCCAGGACGGUCGAGGCUGCAGGUUGCAGCCACAGCUGAAAGGCAUUGUUACUCGGCUAUACAGCCAGCAUGGAUACUACCUGCAGAUGCAGCCUGACGGCUCCAUGGACAGCACGAGGGAUGAAAGCAGCUCAUUUUCACAGUUCAACUUAAUUCCAGUGGGACUGCGGAUUGUUGCAAUACAGGGGGCAAAGACAGGAUUAUACCUUGCCAUGAAUAGUGAGGGAUACCUCUAUACCUCGGAGCACUUCACUCCGGAGUGUAAGUUCAAGGAGAGUGUGUUUGAGAACUACUACGUUACAUACUCCUCCAUGCUCUAUCGCCAGACCCAGUCUGGCCGCUCCUGGUAUAUCGGUAUCAACCGUGAUGGCCAGGUCAUGAAGGGCAACCGGGUAAAGAAGACCAAAGGAGCAGCACACUUCCUGCCUAAAGUUAUAGAGGUUGCGAUGUAUAAGGAGCCAUCGCUACACGAGCUCGCUGCCGAACCAGUGAGUCCUCCUCGCAAGACAGUGAAGACAUCAGAUUCGCCGUCCCUGAAGAACGGACGGAAAGAAGCUCCCAAGGCUGAUGCUUCAUAG